AUGCAAAUCUUCGUGAAGACCCUGACCGGCAAGACCAUCACCCUAGAGGUGGAGCCCAGUGACACCAUCGAAAAUGUCAAGGCCAAGAUCCAGGAUAAAGAGGGCAUCCCCCCCGACCAGCAGCGACUCAUCUUUGCCGGCAAGCAGCUGGAAGAUGGCCGCACUCUUUCUGAUUACAACAUCCAGAAAGAGUCCACCCUGCACCUGGUCCUCCGCCUCAGGGGUGGCAUGCAGAUUUUCAAGACCCUGACCGGCAAGACCAUCACCCUAGAGGUGGAACCCAGUGACACCAUCGAGAAUGUCAAGGCCAAGAUCCAGGAUAAGGAGGGCAUCCCCCCCGACCAGCAGCGACUCAUCUUUGCCGGCAAGCAGCUGGAAGAUGGCCGCACUCUUUCUGAUUACAACAUCCAGAAAGAGUCCACCCUGCACCUGGUCCUCCGCCUCAGGGGUGGCUAUUAA